AUGCGGCACAUCCAUGCUGAGGCGUCCCUCCCCCAGGAGCAUGGCACGGACUCGGGCCUGUCCCGGCCAGGCGGCCAGGCGGCCUUGGAGCCCGCCCCAGAGCGCUGCCCCCGCCGCAGCAUCGUGAUGGGCUACAACAAGACAGAGAUCAAGCGCCAGAAGGUUUACCAGGUCUCCAUCUUCUCCCACCUCUCCAGCUCCUCCGAGCCGGCAGACCAGAGAGCCGGGGGUGGGCGACAGGCCAUCAAGAGAGGGUACCCAGAGCAGUGGGCUCCGGAGGCUGGGCGGGAUCCCAAGCGAGCCCACUGGGGGGUUACGGGGGCUGAGGCCAGGCAGGACGGGGUCCCUGGGGAGCUGCCCCCUGGCCAGGACUCCCCAGAUGAUGACGCCUUGGAGGACGGGCUACUGGUGGAGGAGCUGUCCCUUUGCGGCUCGGCCCAGCACUUCUCCCACAGCGGCCUACGAGUGGUGGAGCACCGAUGUGAAGGCAGCCCUGGCCGGGCAGGGGCCCGGGAGGGCAGCCCCAGGGCCUGCAGAGAGGACAGAUUGCGGGAGGCUGCCUCCUCCUGGCCACAGCACACAGCUUGCAGCACUUUGCACAUGAGAGACAGUCGCCCUGCCCAGCUUGGGGAUGGCCCCCUGGGGAGUCCCAGAGCCUGUGGCUCGGUGGGGGGCAGGGAGUUCCCCUGGCUGGCGGGAGCCAGGGAGCAGCCUGCGGAGGGGAACGGGGCCCAGAGGGAGGAAAGGGCUAGCAGCCAAAAUCUACUUGACAUUGAUUUGCACAAUAUUGCACAAAAAUCCUGGGCAGCCUCGGGUGGGAGGGGGGAGGAGCAGCCAGGGGGCAGCCCCGCCCACAGCAACGGGGCUGGUAGAGAAGGGGAGCCGCUGACUGGGCACAAGGAGCCCAGCACCCCACUGGUGGCCCCGGACCCCGAGAGCAAUGGCCUGGGCUCCUUGGAGAAAACGCCCUGUGUGGGCAGCAGGCUCCCCGGGGCCGGCGGGGGCAGCUGCGCGGCUAAGAGGAAGCUGCUGCCCUCGGGCGAAGGCGUGGCGGACUCGUGUUCAGAAGACGAGAGCGUGGUGCCGGCGAGGAAGAAGAGGGUCCCGCUGUGCCACCCCAUCCUGACUGCCUGCCGCAGCACCGAUGCCAAGGGCGCCCCCUUCUGGAACCACCUGCUUCCAGGAGCCAAGAGCUCAGCAGGUGGCACUGCGGUGGGGCGAAGGCUAAAGAGUGGGCUGCGCCUGAAAUCGAGACAUCUCCGCAGCAGCCUCCGGAAGGGGCCUGUGGGCACCCGGCCCUCUGCAGCUUCCUGGGCCACCACCUCCAUCAGCCAUGCUCUGCUGGGGAACUUUGAGGAGUCCAUCCUGAAGGGGCGCUUCGCCCCGUCGGGCAGGAUUGAAGGGUUCACCGCGGAGAUCGGGGCCAGCGGCUCCUACUGCCCCCAACACGCCACCUUACCCGUCGACGUGACCUAUUUCGACAUCUCGGAACACAGCGCGCCCUCGCCUUUCCUGGGAGUGAUAGACUUGGAAGCCUUGGGAAAGAAGGGGUACAGCGUCCCCAAAGCUGGAACCAUCCAAGUGACCUUAUUUAACCCUAACAAAACUGUGGUGAAGAUGUUCCUGGUGACGUACGACUUCCAGGACAUGCCAGCCAACCACAUGACCUUUCUGCGUCACCGCAUCUUCCUGGUGCCCGUGGGGGAGGAAGGGCCCGGCGAGACACCCAGCGACCCAGCCUGCGCCAGCCCGCCCAGGAGGGUCCUCUGCUACCUGAUGCACCUGAGGUUUCACAGCUCCAAGUCGGGGAAGAUCUACCUUCACGACGACAUCCGGCUGCUCUUCUCCCGCAAGUCGAUCGAGGUCGACUCGGGGAUCCCCUACGAACUGAAAUCCUUCACGGAGAUGCCAAGGAACCCCUGCUACUCACCCCGGGCCUGA